GCAGUUUUCACCAUCCAAACUGGAAAAUUAGGGGGAGUUCCUUCCCCCCCUUCUCUCUCUCUCUUCCAAAAAGUCUCUUUGACCACCACCAUCACCACCCUUUCUUUCUUCCCUUCUUCCUCCUAUCUACUUCAACCUUUCCUCUCUUAAAUCUCCAUUAUUGUUUUCACAUUCCCCAACCCCCCAUAAUAUAUAAACAUAUUUUCUUGACCUUCUCUUUUCUUGAAAUUAUAUGUAUAUUGAUCUAUGUUCAAUUGUGUUAUGAUCUGAAAAGGCAAAAGUUUGCAUUUUUUUCAUCAUUUUCACCAAUAUGGGCAGCUGUUUUUCUAGCUCCAAAGUUAGUGGCUCAAAUAGCAAUACCCCUUCUACAACUACUACAAAUGUAAAUGUUCAUCACAACCGUCCUUCAACAACAACAACAACAACUGUUACAUCAAGAAAACAAGAGGGGUCAAAUUAUAAUAGAGAUAAAGGUAAUAUUAAUACAAAAAACAGCCACCAAAAACAACAACCUAGGAGUUCUCAGCAGAAUGUUGUUGUUAAGCCAAGUUCAAGAAGACAAAGUGGAGGGGUUAUUCCUUGUGGGAAAAGAACAGAUUUUGGGUAUGAUAAAGAUUUUGAUAAGAGGUAUACUAUUGGUAAAUUGUUGGGUCAUGGCCAAUUUGGGUAUACAUAUGUUGCUACAGAUAGAUCUUCUGGAGAUCGUGUUGCUGUUAAGAAAAUUGAGAAAAACAAGAUGGUUCUUCCAAUUGCGGUUGAGGAUGUGAAACGAGAAGUCAAGAUAUUGAAGGCCUUAGCUGGUCACGAGAAUGUGGUUCAAUUCUAUAAUUCAUUUGAGGAUGAUAAUUAUGUCUACAUCGUAAUGGAGUUAUGUGAGGGUGGAGAACUAUUGGACCGAAUCUUGUCCAAAAAAGAUAGUCGAUAUACUGAGAAAGAUGCGGCGAUAGUUGUACGCCAGAUGCUAAAAGUGGCUGCUGAGUGUCAUUUACAUGGUCUGGUGCAUCGAGAUAUGAAACCUGAGAAUUUUCUCUUUAAGUCUUCAAAGGUGGAUUCGCCAUUAAAAGCCACAGAUUUUGGUCUUUCAGACUUCAUAAGACCAGGGAAAAAGUUCCAAGACAUUGUUGGCAGUGCAUAUUAUGUAGCCCCAGAGGUGUUAAAGCGUAGAUCAGGACCUGAAUCAGAUGUAUGGAGUAUAGGUGUAAUUACAUACAUUUUGCUAUGCGGCCGUCGGCCCUUCUGGGACAAAACUGAGGAUGGUAUAUUCAAGGAGGUCCUACGAAACAAGCCUGAUUUUCGUCGCAAGCCAUGGCCAAACAUAAGCAACAGUGCUAAAGAUUUUGUAAAGAAAUUACUGGUGAAGGAUCCGCGCGCUAGACUUACUGCCGCUCAGGCCCUAUCGCAUCCAUGGGUCCGAGAAGGAGGUGAUGCAUCUGAGAUCCCACUCGACAUUUCUGUUUUAUCCAACAUGCGGCAAUUUGUCAGAUAUAGUCGCCUAAAACAGUUCGCUUUACGGGCGUUAGCUAGCACGCUUGAUGAGGAGGAGCUCUCUGAUCUGAAGGAUCAAUUUUCUGCAAUUGAUGUGGAUAAGAAUGGUGUCAUCAGUCUCGAAGAAAUGAGACAGGCCCUUGCCAAGGAUCUCCCAUGGAAAAUGAAAGAGUCACGAGUUCUUGAGAUUCUUCAAGCGAUUGAUAGUAACACAGACGGGCUUGUUGAUUUCCCGGAGUUUGUGGCCGCCACUCUACAUGUCCAUCAGUUGGAGGAGCAUAAUUCUACAAAAUGGCAGCAAAGAUCGCAAGCUGCUUUUGAGAAAUUUGAUGUUGAUAGAGAUGGAUUCAUAACCCCGGAAGAACUUAAAAUGCACACGGGUUUGAAAGGAUCGAUAGACCCACUUUUAGAGGAAGCGGACAUUGACAAAGACGGGAAGAUAAGCCUGUCAGAAUUCCGUAGGCUUUUAAGAACUGCUAGUAUGAGUUCACCAACGGUGAGAGAUUCACGGAGAAAUGUAGCUUUGUAAAGAUGUAUAAACGGAGAGGUGGACUUCAUCAGAAAAUCUUGUGGGAAGACGACAAUGCUCGUAGACAUGUUCUCUUGUGCUUGCGCGCGCUGCAUGUCUCAGAAGGGAAGGCUCCCGAGAUGAUGGUAUUUAGAGGCACGUAGCCACGUGGCACUUUGUAGCUAGUGGUCCUUGCGCCAAGUGUGUUUUGUUGAGUUUCCUUUUGCCCUUCACAAAAGAAUUUUGGCAUGAAGUUUCUUUUUUCCCUAAACAACCAGUUGCAAAUGUCUGUAAUCUGGUAGUUGUAGUGUAUAUUCUGUGUCUCUGUUUGUGAGUCUCCAGGUUCUUCCUCCCUUUGAAAUUCUAAUGUUAUGUCAUUAUAAAUAUGCCAUCAAUGUAAAUUGUCUGUAUCAAAAGGUUUGUUCUGUAUGAUUUA